AUGGGGUGGUCUAACUCAGUGGUAGCAUCCGUAGCAACCGCGUUGGCGCUAGUAUCUCUGACAUGCCUGUCGAAAGGGGUCGACGCUGAUUCAGUCCCCCGCAAGUGGUCCACCCCGACGCCACAACCCCCGCGCGACGCUCCCCAUGCCGCCGUCCCGCCGCCAUACACUGCCUCGUCAGUCACGGGCGCAGUAAUACAGAUGGACGCAUCACACCACCUGUCAGACGGCUCUACCACCAAUAGCAACCUCCUAGCCGUUGAUAUCAAGGGCCAGGGCCCCGUGCCUUUCAGCGUGGCUCGGUGGAACCCGGGGGACCUGUCGCCGAGGCUCGGGCCGAGGCGGCCGUACUCGCAGCCGAACCUGGCGAUUCUGAUGGAGAUGCGCGGGUUUGACACGGAUGACCCGGAGAAUGCUGCCGUGCAGGCGUGGAGUCCGAGCAUCAACAUGGGCGUGAUGAUGGCGAGUGUGGCGCUGAAUGGGCAGCAGUGGAACAGGUCCAAGCCCGUAUUCUACGGCACAGUGGCAUGUGCCACGUCAUCAAGGGCCUAUGGUUACAACAUGGAUGAUGGGACGUUCACCAACAAGGAGCCAAAUCUCGACAUCACAGUAGGGCAAGCGGGAGCAGAGGAGGAGGGAAGCAUCGACGUGGCCAUUGCAUGGUUCCCCUACUAUCAAGGCUGGAUCGGUGGCUACCUGAACGCACCGGACCCACCAGCGUACCGGCCUUCGUCUCGCUCCUCGUGGUCCAGCUGGGGCUCUUUCUCCUCGGCCCUGCCUGCUGAUGCCAACGAGGUGCUGUCAUGGCAGCACAUGGGCGCCACUCUGCGCCUGCCACAUGCGCAUCCAUCCCAAGGGAUGCUCUUCCUGCUCAACUCCUAUUCCGGCCCGGAGAACAAUGACCUCAACAUCAUGAGCACUUAUCCCACCUCCGAUGGCGCGUGGUGGGUGCAGGUGCGCAAGGACAGCACAGACAGUGCAGAUGAUCUAGCGCCCCCUUCUCAGGCCUCCUUUGCAUUCGUCUACAUCCCUUACAAUGCUGCCGGCCUAAUCGGAGCCCACAUAGAGGGCAGGUCCGGCACACCAAUCAUAGGCGCGGGACAGUUCCGAAGCUGGAGGUUAGGCCCGGGGCGAUACGAGCUGCAUGUGGUGCCCAUGGGGCGGCACUAUGCCGAAGCAGAGCCCAUCACACACAAAGACGGAGCGCUGCUGCUGCAGGUGAUGAGUCACGAUACAGCCAACCACGAGCACGCACAGCACGCCUUCCUCUCCUAUGACAUUGCUGCUAACGGAUCCAUCUAUGUGGAGGCGCGGAGCAUGCGCAAGGGAGGCAACGGCGAGGAGUUGUUCUACCUUGUGGAUACAGGCCGCCUACCCCAGAUGAUCCAGGAGACAGACUUCUGGAGCGGUCUCUUUGUCACUGUCUUCGUCUACUCGCUGCUCCUCCUCGCGGGCGGCCUCUAUCUCCUCUACACCACCCACCUGCGUCGCACUGCUGCGCUAGCCUUUGAGCGCCUCAGCACGACCGACUCCCUCCCCUCGCACUUCCCCCUUGGGGAAACGGCUAGUGAAACUCGGCGUGGGCUCGCUGGGAGUGCUGGUGGUGCCAGGGGAGGGGUAGAUUCUAGUGAAGAUGAUAGCAUCACAGGGGCUUUGCUGGGCGGGCAGGAGCAGCAGCAGCAGCAGGAGCAUGGGGGUGGGGCCUCUCAGCCGCUGUCGCCUCUGCCGGAGUUGGAUGAGGAUGAUAGUGCGGAAGAGAGAGAGCAGGGGAAAACGGGCAGUGGAGCAACGUCUGCUGCUAUUGCUCCUGCUCCUGCUGCUGCUGGCAGCGCUAAGGGGACGAAUUAG